AUGGCCACCGCGACUAGGUGUUCUGCUGUUGCUGAACAUGGUGCUAGCGUAUUAAAUACUGAACGAUGUCAACUACGAGGUUUUAGAGGUGAGAAACCCUACGAUUUUCGAGCAUGCAUUGCGAUUCCAAUGUUCGUUGGCAAGUAUGUUUUACGAAACUAUAAGGACUACUGGAUGAGUGACUACAGAGUAGGUUUGCACCAUGGUUUAUAUUAUUUUAAGCAACAUGUGUUAAGAUUUCUGAUGCAGAACUCAUACCUAGGAUAA